GAUGUGUGUGAGUGAACAUAGUAUUGAACUUUAUAUUUGGAGUUGGGGAGAAGCAGCCUGGUUACUUUGUAUUUUAAAUUAUGCCUAUAGAAAGUGCAGCUAGACAGGAUCUUGUGGGGUGAGAAGAUAAUUCUAACUUGGGGCGCCCCGGGGGAGGGAGUGACAAGAUCUUUACGUUUCUCAGGGGCGACGAUUUUUAAAAAGGUAGAAAGACCCACCAUUCUACCUGAUGGCCGCCCUGCGCCUCCAAUGAAAGGCCAGCUUCGAAGAAAAGCCCAAAGGGAGAAGUUUGCAAGACGAGUUGUACUGCUGUCACAGGAAAUGGAUGCUGGCUUACAGGCAUGGCAGCUCAGGCAGCAGAAGUUGCAGGAAGAAGAAGGGAAACAGAAAAACGCUCUUAAACCCAAAGGGGCUCUACUGCAGAACCCACUACCAAGUCAAUAAAAAGCAAUACCUGUCUCCCUUUCCCAGCCUCUCUCUGGCUUUCUUCUCUAUCACCUAUAUGCCUCAUCCUGGUCAGAAGAGAGCCUUCACGUUCCCCAUCUGUCUUCCCGGCACAAGAGCUUGGACACCAGAAAGAACAGCCUGUAAGAUCACUGUCUGGAAGAGUUGGCUUAGUGCCCUCAUCACUGGCUCCGUUCCAGUUCAGUGGAACCUCACUCUGGGAUGCUUCCCUCCUUCACGAGCCAUAGGACUGGCCCAACUAUGAACAGUAGCUGCUCUGCGAACUGCUACGAGAAAGGGGCAGCAGUUUUCCUGGUGUUAGCUAGGCACUCAAGCCUUUAACAGCCCAUACACAGCUCAGGCUGUGUGCAGUUACUCAUUUAAUAAAUGCUUUGAUAAAAAAGG